AUGGGAGCCAACGCUCGCGGACAGACGUACAUUGAUGUCUCCUCCGUGCUGGUGGCUCUUUCGACAGCGAUUGUGGCUGUUCGGAUCGCGGCACGAUGGAUCAAAUCGACACUGGGAUGGGAUGACUAUGUCAUUUGCAUAUCAAUUGUGCUUGCGUAUAGCAUGCUAGCAGAAGCCGUCUUUUGGGCCCGAGAUGGCGGACUAGGAAAACACAUGACAGACCUCAGUGAUGAGGAAAAGGUCACAUUCCAGAAAUGUUUCUUCGCCAACGAAAUCUCGUACACCCUCCUGGUCCCGUCUAUCAAAAUCUCCAUCCUCCUGCUCUACCGCCGCAUCUUCCCCGUUCGCAAAUUCCAAAUCGCCAGCUGGAUCGUCACCGGCCUCGUCUGCUCCUGGUGCCUCGCGGUCUUCCUAACCGUGUUAGUUCAAUGUCGACCGAUCUCGUUGAACUGGGAUAAGUCGCAGGAGGGGACGUGUCUCGACGCGAAGCAGUUCUUUUUCGGCAAUGCAAUUUCAAACCUGCUCAUCGACGUGGUAAUUUUGACGAUGCCGAUUCCAAUGGUCCUACAAUUGCAAUUGCGCACGUCGCAAAAGCUGACUAUUCUGGGUAUUUUUUUGCUCGGUGGAUUCGUCUGCGUCGCGAGCAUCAUGCGCGUCGUGACCCUCAAGAUCUUCCAAAACGAAGACACCUCCUGUACGCCCCUUUCCGUCCCUUCUCCCAGACUCCAUCUCUAA